AUGGAAUUUGAUCCAAAGACGCCUCAAUUCCUCACCUCGGACCCGUCGAGCUUCGCCUCGGUCUCGGCGGAUGACCGAUGGCCCGUCAUCAUUACUGGCGCUAUUGAUGACCUAGCCCGCACGGUAAACACAGUCACCGACGAGGAGAAAGCCAGGGAGGGAAAGAGCAUCAUCGAGAAGCUUGGGACGUUGAAGUAUGAAUUGCAGCAUGACCGGCAAUUGAGCCCCCUCGAUGACGACGGCGAGUCCGAUAUUGCUUCGUAUAACGAGGAACUCAAGCAGCGCGGAAACCCCAAAUGGCACGAUGCACCCUGGUUGUACUCCGAGUGCUACCUCUACCGCCGCAUGGAGACAUUCUUCUUCCGAUCAAAGCACUGGAAGGGCUACGACGUCUUUGCGCGCCAGAAGAUGUCCACCUUCAAGUCCUCCCGGCCCGCCGUGCUAGAACUCGCCGCGCGGUAUCGUGAACUGGCUCACGAGGCCGAGAGCGGUAAGGGGCAUGACGGAAUGUCCGCAGAACAGAUUGAGGAGGCUGAGAAAUUGCUAUUCACGGAGAUGUGCGAGAUCUGCCUGUGGGGAAAUGCCACUGAUCUCUCGCUCCUAACCUCCCUCACCUACGAGGAUAUCCAGAAACUGCAGGGCUCGCAGGCGCGCCAGGCAUCGCAGAAGAACAUCAUCGUCAACGACCUCGAAGCCGCGUUCAACGUGAUGCAAAAGGCUCGCGUGGAGAAAAAGGACGGCGAUCGCCGCGUCGAUAUCGUCCUCGACAACUCCGGUUUCGAGCUCUUCGUCGAUCUAAUCCUGGCCGGGUACCUGCUCUCAGCGGGUCUGGCGACGACAGUCGUACUACACCCGAAGCGUCUGCCUUGGUUCGUGUCCGACGUUACGCCGAGGGACUUCUCGGACCUGCUCAACUCCAUGGUUGACCCGCAGGCAUUCUAUACUGCGCCCGAUGACACGGGCAAGACAUACCCGGCGCUCUCGGCCAAGGAAGUUGAAGACGUGCAAUUCUUGUUCCAGCAGUGGAGCGAGUUCCACCAGGACGGGAAGUUGAUCGUGCGUCCGCACUCGUUCUGGACUACUCAGGGCUGUUACUGGCGUAUGCCGCACGUUGCGCCGGAAUUGUUCGAGGAUCUGAAGGAAAGUGAGCUUGUUCUGUUCAAGGGUGACUUGAACUACCGCAAGCUCGUCAACGACGCCCAAUGGGACCCUACAACCCCCUUCACAACCGCCAUCGGCCCCAUGGGUCCGAAGUCCGGAAUCCGCGUCCUGGCCUUCCGCACUUGCAAGGCGGAUGUUGUCGUCGGUCUGCCGGCCGGCGAGGAUGAGAAGCUCCGCCAGCUUCCUGGUGGCGGCGGCAGUGAGUCACGGAAGUGGGCGUGGACUGGAAAAUGGGCUGUUGUGUCGUUCUCUGACGGCAAGGUCUAA